UGAGUGAGUGAGUGCCAUCCGACUGCCUCCUAAGCUCAUGGAUGUUACAUAACAUCCAUGAGCAAAAACGACAGGAUUAAUUUGCGCUUUUGCCAUACUCAGUAUGAUUGAAAAAUUCGCGCUAGUACAGUACCUCUUUUUUGCGGUAAUUAAUGGCACCCGCCGGGCGUUCAUCCUAAGUGAAAAAGAUUUUGGUGGGCUGGUUAACAAAGGGGUUUUCUUUUCCAUCCCCCUAAACAAAACAAACGUUAAUCUAGCAAAAGCUGAUUCGCUCCUGCGGUUAAAGGCGCUACUUACUUUGAAGAUUAGCCCACCAGGGAUCAAACGUUGUCGGAUUUAUUUGAACUAGAGACACGGCUCGUUGCGUCCGUGGUUACAUCGUAGUCAACUGAAAUUGAAAUAAUUACGAGAUAAAUUAUUAUUUGCAACGUUCUAAAUCGAAGCGACAAACGAUUUCGAAACUUACAAUUUGUGUUCCUGGGUGUCGGAUCCCUUUGAUCGCUAUCUUGCUGUUUUGUUCGCGACUGUUGAUUGACUUGACUGCGAAUGUCCGUUACAUGAUAAGAUUUUCCUUUUAAAACAUAAGUCACAUGACUUGUUUUUCCCGCCACGCGUGGUCGAGGCGAUUUCGCAAUUACCGACGAUAAUUAAUUCAAUUUUUUUUUUUACACGCGAAUGAACAUGCAAAUCAAAAGCAAACAAAACCCUCCAUCAAUUACUAUUUUCUGUUAAAAUCCAACGUCAAAGAAGCCGUCAACUGCCACGAAAUGACUGACACAGAAUUAAGUUUUUAUUGUAUGCAUAUUUCUGCGAUUGCUUUGAUCGCAUAGCGACACUAUUCAUCGACGUUAAAUUCACUGUCUAAAUGACUUUGUAAUCGAAGUUUCGCAGACGUCCGAGAUUUAAGUCUGCAGAGGUCCAGAGUUCACUCGAAAGCUAUAAGCCCUGAUAGAUAAAAUCCAAGAUGAUAUUAGAGAAAAGCCGGUAAAGGACAGGAGCUUUUCUCGUCAGAGAAACGACGAUAAGCUGGUUGUUGAUCAUUGCUGAGCAAGUUUCAUUUCAAGGAAGCCAGUACGAAAGGAUGAAACUCAGCCUGAAAUCUUCGAAAUCUCUACUUCUACGCUUUGGGAUUAUGAUUCUCGUACUACUCGCUGCUGGAAGAUAUCUUUGGAACGGUCCGGGUGCGGGCCCAUCGUUUCCAGAGUACUCAACUUCAAAUCAAUCCUCAUCAGUCUUUCAGGACUCUCAUUGUAUACCUGGUAGCCUUCCUGACAGCUUAACCAAACUUUACGAGCUCUACGAUGACGUCGAAACGUUUGUUAUGUUUAUUGGAUACCCAAGAAGUUCACACAGUCUGGUAGGAUCAAUAUUAGACGCACAUCCAGAAAUCAUCAUUCCCCAUGAGUAUCACAUCGUUGAGCAGUGGAGCAUCUACCAAGACGACGCCCUAAGAAACUCCGGCAUGCAAAAAUACGUUCUCUUUUAUAAUUUGCACUCACUUUCCACAUGGCAGGCCUCUUUCGGGAGUAGAGCUAGAAAACCUGUUUUUCUUGACGAUGGAAUCUAUUCUUACAAUGUUCCUGGGACGUGGCAAGGAAGUUUUAAUGGUAAACUGAAGGUCAUCGGAGACAAGAAAGGAGGUGGAACAACCAUGGAGCUGACUGAAAAACCUGAAAAGUUUGCGAUUCUUACAGAACUCAACGAGACUCUUGACAUCCCUUUAAAGUUUCUGCAUGUCAUUAGAAAUCCUUUCGACGUCAUCUCGACUUGGGUUUUGAGGCUCUUUAACGUAAGACGCCAAGUAAAUGAUGGAAAAACUCAGAUAGACAAACCCGCAGCAUUAGACAAUGCCAUAAAGUCCUUCUUUGAGCUUAUCGAGACCAACGAAAGAAUAAAACAGCUUUAUGGCGAUCAAGCAGUGUUGGACAUUUUAAGCCAUGAACUGAUAUUAAAACCGAGAGAAACAAUGGAGACAAUAUGUUUAUUUUUACGAGUCAAAUGUAAUGAGGAUUACCUUCAUCAAGCAGAAAACAUCCUUUUUGGCAAACCAUCGAUAACAAGAACAACAGUGGUGUGGACUGAGGAACAAAAGCAAAGAGUUUACAAUGAAAUGAAGAAAUACUCUUUCCUGCAAUCGUUCAAUUUUGAUGAAACUUACUGAUAACAUCAUGCACGGAUAUCG